UGUCAGAUGAAAUCAAACAUAACACGGAGGACGAGCGCGCCAACAAUACCAAAAUAUUAAUCGAUUCGUGUUUUUUCGCGUUCUGCUCUAACAAAGUUUAAUUAAAGUUUAACUCAAUUCUCUCCAAAGUUUAAUACAAUGGAUUUCGAGCCCCGUGCCAUCGUCAAUGGAUCAUUGCUCAAACGCCAUUCAGGUCAGCCGAUAAGUAUUCAUGUAUUCGUAGAACGGGCCGAAAAAGACGGUCGCAGUUUCACAGCACGAUCUACCGAUGGAAUGUCGAUCAAUGUGUUCUUGGGUGAACCCUUGAGUAGUUUGCUGCACGGCUGGGUCGAAAUCAUUGGUAUGGCCGGUUCGAACGAUAGCGUUCGGUGCAAGGAGAUAAUCACCUACCAAGCAACUGAUGGAGAGGAAGAAUUUGAUGUCGCAGGACACAAUAUGCUAUGCAACUUUCUGGCCAACUGCCGCGAAAUGUACCGAAUGGGAUAAGUUCUUUUAGCGAGUGAUUUUUUCGAAUCUUUCCAUUUGUUUAUUGACUUAAAAAUAAAGGUUGUUAAAGAACGUGUCGUGGUUUAA